GCCGGGAAGGGCGUUCUCUUUGCGGUCAGACCGGGCAGAGUCAUCCCGAGGGGUGGGUCCUCCGGCAGCAGAAAAGGAAAACCCACCUUUUUUCAUUGUUAAGGACGCGGUGGAAUGUGAUGGUUUGAUCUCAAACGGACCAGGGAGGGGAAUAUCCGAGAGGAAAGGACCAACGAAAGCGAUUCGGGGAAAGGGGGAAACCAAAGAAGCAGUCCCCCCCCUGCCGCCUCCAAGCCUCUGGUCUUGUCUGAGAAUAUGUGGAUGAACUUGUCCUCGCCGUGUUGUCGGCAGCAGCGCGCACUACCGUCCGCAUGAACUCACGCCGUGUGAAGUUGUGGAUUUACUGUUGCUGUUUGUGAGCCGGCGGCGGACCAGCGAAGAGAUCUCACCGAGCAGCCAGACAGACAGUGAUCAAGGGAGGGGAGGAAAGGUGAACAUCACGCUCUACUUCCUAUCAGUCUUGUGAUGCUGGUGGUGGAAGAUGGCACAGAACUAUACAUUCCUCGCUUUGAUGGAGCCAAAACCAAGAAAGAUGGAUGGAGACUUUGGGAAGAGGAGCUUAACGUGCCACAGACAAAAGGAUGCAUCUAGAAUAUGACAGAUUUGUCUGCUAAACACCACUCUGAGGGAACUUCAAAGUCUUAAAGCGACAGUCACAAAAACAAAACAAGACGGACCGCUGAGAGAAAGGAGAAUUGACAACACCUUUCACGUCGGCAAACGUAUAACACUUAGACCACCCUAAAGGACACAAACACAAAUGUGGACCUCCCAAAACGUUGUCAUCAAAUAACCAGAAGAACAGAACACAUACAAGACACUUAUCUCAAAGAACUUUGUGGCCAUGUCUGAUCACAAAGACAUGACACACCGCCACCUGCGGCACAAGCUGCAGAGUCUUGACCGAAGACUGGAUGAACUGGAAGAAGCCACCACCAAGCUGCAGAAGUCUGAGGAUGAGCUGCUUGACCUGCAGGACAAGAUCAUCCAGGCAGAAGGCAGCAACUCGUCCCUGCUUGCCGAUGUGGAGGCCCUAAGAAAACGUCUCCUGAAGAUCCAGGGUAAGGAUGAGGAGGUACGCAAAGCUGAGGACCUCUGCCGCACGGUGAGAGAAAAACUGGAAGAGGAGGAAAGCCUCACAAUGGAGCUAAAGGCAGAGAUUGAACGUCUACAACGCAGGAUGGCGGAACUGGAGAAACUGGAAGAAGCUUUUGGGAAAAGCAAGUCUGACUGUAGCCAGCUCUGCCUCAGCCUCAAUGAAGAGAAGAACUUAACCAAGAAGCUCUCAAGUGAGUUGGAUAUGCUCAAAGCUCGUUUGAAGGAAGUGGAGGGCUCUGAGACUAAGCUGGACAGAGCAGAACAGGCUUUGGCUAUGGAGCUUGAGAAACUCAAGGGAUUCACCCAGACCUUUGUGAGUGAGCGUAAGAGGCUACUAGAGAAACAGAGAGAGGACGAGAAGAUUAUUCUAAAGCUGACAGAAAAACUGGAACACCAGAAGAAUCGCUUCGGCAUGUCGGCAGACCCUGGUCGUGCAGAUUUCAUGAGGUCAAGAAUUGAAGAUGAACUAUCAUCCACAGGGCUCCUCACCAGUAAACUGGCUGGACGCAAGAAGAGCCUUGACUACUUGAAGUUGACUGAUGACAACAUCGGCUUCAUGAACAAAUCUGAGAAUGAGAAGAACAGUGGCCUCGAAGGCUCACAGGAGGAGGACAACAAAGUAAAGGAGCUGACACAGGAAGUAGAGAGGCUGAAGAACCGGCUCAAACAGCUGGAGAUAGUGGAGGAGGACCUGAAGAAGUCUGAGUCCAAAAACGUUGAACUUCAUGAGAAGUUCCAGAUGGAACGAAACCGGGCUCGCCAACUGAGUGAGCAGGUGGAACAGCUCAGGACGCAGCUGUGUGGAAAAGUUGGAAUUGGAGGAAAUGGAACUAGUAAUGUGGAUAAACACGGCAAUGGAAGCACUAUCAUUUGCUCCAAAAGCCCGGCUAAGCUCCUGGAGAAUGGCAAAGCUGAGAAUGAAGAGAUUAUUCUGAAGGGAGGUUUCAGACAGGAGAAGCCUAAAUACAGGAGUGCUGCAGCUGUCUCAGAACCGAGCUCGCCCAAACACAGGAGCAGGGAUCUCUCUCCUCAGCACAAGAGAGAAACCAAGCUGAGGAGCAAAGAGCUGAGCCAUUCAGAGGAAAGUUCUCCUAAAUCUGUGAGGAGAGCUCUCAGUCCUGCUCACAAGAGCAGAAGGACACCCAAAGCCUCAACUACUGCGAUUUCAUCUGAUAAUGGGAUAAGAGAGACGGGACGAGGAACUGAGGAAAAGACACGAGGAGCCACAUACAGCUCUGUAAAUACAUCCUCUAGUGAUGUGAAAAAAGUGUCUGUUUUGAGUCGCUACCCUCCAGCAGCUAAUGAUCAGAAGCCACUGAGGACAGCUCACAAACAGAACGAUGGGGAGAGCAAAAAAAGCAGAGUAGACAAGUUUUCAAAACUGUAUGUAGGUAGUGACAGUGAAUCAAACAACUCUGAUGUAGUGCCUGACAGCUCCACUAACGUCAACAGUAUAUCUGCACUAGAGAAGGACACAGCGUCUGCCUCAGAUCAGGAAUUAAUAGACCAGGUUCAGGAAUCUAUCUCUGUGUCUGUCGCCUCCACCCUGUCCAAAGCCAAUGGCUCCUACACAGCUUACAGAUCCCACGUCACUCCACUGCUGACCAACGACCAGGGGUCAGAGGGUCAUUCCUCUGCUUCCGAAACAGAAUCUACUGGGUCAAGGCCCUCUGAGCCAGAGCCUGCAACUGAAACGACUACUACAACUGUAAGCAGUAGGACUGCAACCUCCAGAUAUUCUAGAUACUCCCAUGUCCAUGACUCACAAUCAGAAGGCUCUUCCUCCAGGAGCUCCUUUGACGAGGAACUCCACAGCAGAACAAAUUUAGCCGAGGGAGGCCACCAGGGGCCCACACACACUCCGUCAGGGAUUGAGAUCCAGCGAGUGUGCAGCCCACGUGAGGCGCUGAGAUCAAAAGCUGUCAUUAAGCCAGCCAUUGUCGAGAUUGACAGGAAGGAAAUGAUGAUUUCAGAACCUUUGUCUACCAAUGGCAAGCCCAAAAUCUCCAGCAAACCGAUCGUGACCACCGCUAGUAAAAUGACCAGUAGUAUAACCAUCUAUCCCAAUGACCCAAGCUCUUCCAGAACCAGCAGCCGCAGCAGCAGUGUGUCCAGUGAACCCUUGCCCAUCAAAGAACGCCACACAUCCACCAGUAACAUCCUCAUAGGCCCCAGCAGCGAGCACCAUGGCAGUAUCUCCAUCCCAUAUGAAAUUUCUAUCCCCAAGAGUGAGAUCACCUUGCGGCCAUGCCAGGACCAGGAUUGUGGGACGGACGACCACAAUGAUUCCUCAUUAAGAUCCAAGCUCCACAACACUUCCAGACUGGAGACCACCACCAGCCAACUGUGCUGCCAGCGCAGCAACUUCAGCCUCCAGUCCCCGGACACGACCUCUGCAGACUUCAACGACCCAGAGUCGGGCUUUGAAAGCAGUAGCAGCACCACCACGGUCACCAGCUGGAGAAGCCAAAGACAAAGCCAGCACUCCCAGGAAGAAAGUUUACCAGACAUGAAGAAUGUGACGAUAAGAAGCACCUGGAGGAACCGGGGCACUGCGUCAGUGGAUGAGACGGGUAGAGGAAGAGGGGGUGCCAGGACAAUGACAGACGGUGGGUCAGAAGACGAGGCAGAAGCCGCGACAACAUGGAGGGCCUAUCGGGCGACCACCAUCGACACAGAGGAAAUGGUAAACAGAGGGACGGGAGCUGGUGGGAAUACUGCAGACACAAAGGGAGCCAAACCAUCGCCUGCAGAGGUGUACAUGCGUAGGAUCAACAGUGUGGUUACUAACACCAGAGAGGUCGAGGAACCAGUGCUCCGUCGAGGCAAGAGCUCUCAGUCUCCCACCAUGGAAGCAGGAAGUGUGGGAAGGACUUUACCCCACGCACCUGUUACCUCUCAGUCCUGGGGCCGAUCAUACACACCACAGGCCGGUGAUAGUGUAGAUCCCAGUUCCAACCCAAGCCACAGCCCGGCCUCCUGGAGACGGCAGAUACCCAGCAGCGACUCACACCACCUGGGAAGCUCUUAUGACCGGGCGUCCAAGACAGCAGGGGCCUCGUCCAGAGGGGAGCUCUGGUCCAGUCGUGGUCAAGGGUCAGGGGCCAGGGCCGAGGGGAGGAGUGGAGCCGGGAGCCGACCAUGGAGCCAUCGUCAAUCUGAACAUCACUAGACCUACCGGGUCUGAGCAGGACUUCAACACUAUAGAAGACAGCACUCCACCUCUCAAUGGCAACAGGAGGGCCAAACACCAGUCUCCCAUCACCUAAAGGCUAACAUCUUACCACCAUCUCCAACAAACAACAUCUGCAGCUUUUAUUACAAGAAAAAUAACAACAAAAUAACAUUUGCAGGCAUACAGAACAACAAACCACAGACCUGACAUCCUCACUCUGACCCUGAGUGUACGCUGAGACGUGAACAGCUCUUCCUAUCCGGAACUUUCUUUGUCCCAAAAGAGACAUAAACAGAAAGACAGCGCCUGUACAGUGUUUCAGAGGUCGCCUCACCAGCCCAUGUAUCCUCUUCUGCUUCUUGUGUUGGAUGUAUUAUAGUGUAAUCCUGGAGCUUGACAAGGGAGAGGCUGGCAUGCUGGGGGACGGCUGGAGAUUUUUCUGCGUGCCAGAGAGGGUUUUAAGAGAGUUAGAGGAAAGGAGGACUCAAUGCCAUUCUCAGAGGACCAUUACCGUGACCUCAGUGGAGCUGGAUAUAUCGCUUUUGCAUCAAGUCAGAGUUUCAACGUUUUUUGUUGUCAAUGAAAAGACAACGCCAUGUUUAAUGAACAGCUGUACAAUGUUAAAGAUGCAUCUUCAUCUCACAGGGCUGGAUCUUCAGGCAGAAUACUUCACAAACUAAAGGAUCUUUACUUUAAAUGUGACCAAAAACAGGAAGCGAAUUACCCUUUUUUAGCUGACUUGCAUCAUGAUAUUCACUUUUUCUUACUGAGCUCAUAUUUGCUUUGAUGAUAAAACCAGGCCAUAUGUCCCGUUUUUCCUGAUUUCUCACACUUAAAUUCACAAAACAUACAAACACAUGCACACACAACAAGUGAACACAUGCACAUUUUAACUUUAGAUUUAUUUUUAACUCGUGUCACCAUUUUCUGGCAUGUGCUGACCUCCAACUGGAUUUAAUUUGGGGUCUUAGAUGUUGAGAGAGCAUUUGCAUGUUUCUAAGUAAUAAAUGAAGAGCACUUGAAAGAUUGUGACUCAGCAUGCUUAAAGGAUUGCUGGUUGGCUGCAUUUUAGGAGCACACACACACACAAACACAUUAUACCUGACAGACUGGGACCUUAUUUACGCUUUGUGCCAUCUUAACCAGUUAUUUUGAUUCUUAGUAAUUCGCUUCCUGUUCUGCAUCAUCUUUUCCCCUUUCUGCUCAACCAUGUCAAGACAAAAAAAUGUUUGCACGCAAUGAAAUGCAAUGCACAUGUACUAAAAAAAUGUGGGGGGUGGGAAGGGGGGGGUUGUUUAUAACCUCAAACCAUGCUACAAUUUCCAUGGUGCUUUGUUUUACAGCUGUUGCAACUGUCCUCAUUCAUGUAUUUUGAGAGAGCCAUAGUUAAAUGGAGUUUCUGUUUAAACUGAACAUUGGACCUCGGAUUACCAGCAAACCUGGCCUGGCAAGGCGGACAUAUUUUCAGUGCUGCUGCAAACACCGUGGACACGCCAGCCAGUCAUAGGAAGACACAAGGAGGGGGGGUUGGACUUUUAACCACAAGGAACUGACAGUCCAGCUUGUGAUGCGACUGGGUUCGCCGUGCGAAUCGUCCCAGUUUAUCUCCAUUUCUUAUUUCUAUAGAGGUGUAUUAUUUUGUUAUUUUAUAAAAUAUCAACUUAUGGUUGGUAUUUUGGAGCAAUGUCUCAUUGGCGGGGGCCAUAGAAGCAAUGGGGGUGCCAUAAAAAUACAUUUUGCCAUUGGCCAGUUAUAAACCUUACAAAGCUAUGUCAGAAACGUCACUGACAUCUUCAAACUGGGUCUGACACAUUCACUGCACUUCAACAGGCAACGUAAACCUACAACAAAAUGUAUAAAUGUUGCUAGGGAAUGCAGCUGAAAAUGACCAAUUGCUUAAUGGCUUGAUGCACCAGUUCAAUAUGACUGCAGUCUAAGAUCACAAAACCAUAACUGUGACACCUGGAGACACGUGGGAUCUGCUGAAGAACUUUUAAAGUCUGGUCUCCAUCUGGCUCUUCUGCUGUUAUGGAUUUCAAUGCUGUUGUGUCAGACCCUGCUGGGGAUGGCCUGUUUCACUUCUCCUGUAUUCUACCAGCCGCCAUCUAGCUGUAAUAUUUAUUAGUCUCCAUAUAUGUACAGGUUCUUUCAGGUGACAGGAGGCCAGUCUGUUGCCGCUUUGUCACUUUACUGUUUAUGCAAGCAGGAGAUUAUAUGCAAUCCGUGAACUGCCCACCCACCCCCAUGCAAUGUCUGUAACUAUGUCAGUCAUACAGAGUCGAUGUGAUGACUGUGUGGUAAGUCCGCUAAGUCCAAAUCCAAAAAUGUGUUUACCUUCAAAAUUAACAUUGCUGAUGUUUAUUUUCACAUUACUUUAACUUCUAAAUAUCUAUAGUACGUUCAUCUGUGCCUUGAGAUAGAAUAGAGGUGGAUUGUCCCGACAAACUCAGACUUGCACCAAAUUCUGCAGAUAAAUGACAUGCAAUACUGAUUGUAAGGUUCAUUUUUUUACUUCAUAUUUUUUACAUUUGAGGGAUUGUUGUAUGGAACAUUGUAAAACUAUUUUGGUUCAAGCUGGGGGAAAAAAGAGGGAACCUCCCUGAGGGAUGUCAAGACAAGGUUCCCUGAGAAAAUGCUAUUUUUUUUUUUUUCCAACCCUACAACCCAACAAAGUACCCUUUUAAAGAAUAUAGACCGCACCGCCCAAAAAGCUAUGUCCUUUGGAUUUGUCUGUCAGAGACGCCGGGUGCAGCGCAGCCUCAGAAAGGAUUGCCAUGUGGCCUCUUCACGACCACUGCUGGCUUCAUGAUAGAGCAAAAAACAGACCAGACGUACUGUUUAGAGCUCUCGGCACACAUGCCAACACUCAAUCAUAUAGUCCUUCCCUCUGUUAUUGUUUAUACUGUACUACCACUCUUUUCAUUUACUGAGAGGGAAUGCCAUCUGCUCCAUCUUCCAUCAUCUUUUCAACCAGUUCCAAUUUUCCUUUUAGUGUAUCAGAGAAACCAAGUGUCCCUCCUUCAAUCAUCUCUGUGUCUCUGCAACUUCCUUGGAUUCUCAUUUCCUAAAAGGGAAAACUGUGGUCCUUAGCAGUGGUGAUAUGUGUUGUUGGUUCAGAGGGUUGUUUAUUGGAGGCCAGAGACCUGUCACCAGAUAGUGAUGGGCAGCUCCCUGGGUAGCUGAAAGGUCAGAGGUCAUGGCUGCAUCUAAUCCUGUCUCUACGUCUUGACUCAGGGCUUCUAAAUACAGGAAGGAGGACGACAGACGGCUUGGCAGUGAUGUCCACGUUACGGAUAAUUAAAACAGAGGGGGGUAUCGCGUAUCCAGUUCUGCCGGCACUCAUCCUGCCAGAGAUGCACGUGGUGAUAUAUCGGUGCGAGUUGUUAUUAACGUCAGCAAGGGCUCUCGUUCAAAGCUCAACACGUGAACUGGUGUGUUGUAACCUGCCACCUGCUGCAGAUCCCUGAGUAAGAAGGCUCUGAAUGACAAGCGUGCACAUGUGUUUUUUUUUUUUGUUUUUUUUUGAGGCUGACAUCACUGUGGGUCAAGAUUACUGUGUAUAGCAACCUGGUGACGCAAGCGCUAACACCGAGGCCCUACUCAACCCUUCUCCUGCACUUACUGCCCCCAUAAAGUUUCCUGUCACCUGUUUUCCUCCGCCCAUUAAAUUAGCGUCUACAGUUCCACCCGUCCUUACUACAGCGAUACUGUGCAACCUUUGCCAUUUAUUUGUCUGUCUUACAUCCUAAACCUUUCCUCUCCUCUCACCCUGAAGAGAGUACUCAAACCGGGGGUCCCAAAAGGAGCGCAGCUGUCAGAAACUGUUGGUUUUAUGACAUGUUGGAGGGUUUCCCUCCUGGAGACUGGCUUCAAAGAAAGCAGGGCUUAUUUAAAGGGCAAAGUUGAAACUCCAUCCUCUGCUAUGCACACUGCCUUUCUUCCUUACAAGGCCCCAAAGUACACUAACGCCACCACUAAUCCAACUGUACAUCCACUCUGUCCACUGCUGCCCAGCUGGACUUUUGUGUGUGCCAGUAUGAAGACCUGCACCUGGACUUGGAUGUGUCCAGUUGUGGCUUUGGACAACAUGCCAUUACUCAUGUUAUAGGUCUCAUUUGUAUCAUUAUGGAAUGUGCUGACUGGACAUGUGGGACUCAAGUGAAGACUUUACAGGUUUCAAGAUUCCUUUUGUUCCUCUCAUCCCUGAAUGAUGACAGUUUUGCAAAACAUCGUUUGUUGAAUCAGAGAAUCCGGAUAAUAGCUGCCAUUGGAGUUUGAACAAAAAGGCCAAGAGGUGUUGAAGUUAAACUGUGGAGAGAAAAGAGGCUGCUUCUGCUUUCCUGUUCCUGCGAAAGAGUUAACAGAAAACCUCCUAAGCUCUGGUGGUGUAUGUAUAAACAUCCGUUAUUUACAAGUCAUUGUUUUUUCCCCUUUUAUAAAGUAGACUAGAAUGUACUUAGUGGAGAUUGGAGUGGCAAGGCAGAAGUGGCUUUCGGGCAGCGAGCAGGCCCUUGUCCUCAAAGGCCUCCAUUGUGAAACCAGGGUCAUGGUGUCAUUGGGUGGCGUAGGCUGUAAUCUGCACUUAACCAGCACUUAACUUUAAGACCUCAAACGACUAAUACCCCCCUUAGUCCCCUUUUGUCAAAAGGUUUCCCUGCUUCCUCUUUCGUGUCCCAGAAUCAAACUCAGUAGCUGUUUGCUGAAUGUACCGUAGCCAGAUGUGUUUUUGCACCAGCCAAAUUAGAAAAAAAGUAUUUAAGAAUCAUCUCACCAGAUUAAGAAAGGACAUUGGUGUGUAUUUGAACAAUAUUUCUUGAGGUAUGGCACCUUGUUAAGCCUCCACCUCAGCCUUCUAUCAUUGUGCCAAAAUCAUUCCACAGUAUUUCCAGUUUACAGUGAGAGACAGCGCCAGUGUUUCCCCAGAUGGGUACCCUGUCUCUAAGAUACUGACAUAGAGGGGAAAUAUUCAAUUUGAGGGUUUUUUUCUGCUUACCUGUUUUUAUUUCUUUGUUAAACAAAAGAUGUCUUAUUUUGGAAGCUUAUAUCGGAUAGAUUUUAUUUAAGGAAAAUCUUGUAAUUUUGUAAAGUGGGCCUUAUUAUUGAAAUAUAUUAAGUAUUUGUCCAUCUUGAUUUUAAGAAUGAUAUUUUUUUUUUCUUUUGCAAGAUAAUGUAUCUUCCUCAUUGUUAUUACACUCCUGGAGAGUUCUUCUUCCUGUAUUUUGUGUUUUGUUAUUUUAAUGCAAGACAUUUCUCAUGACCUGGAGACACGGUGCACACCGUGGAUCAGAGAGAGACCAUUUCAUAGAAAGAGAGAGAGAGAGAGAGAGAGAGAGAGAGAGGCCAGGGUUGUGUCAUAGUCAUUGAAGAAUGAGAGCUAUGUGUGUUUUAUCAGAGCUGAGCAGGUCUGCAGCACUGAGUGGUUCGCCAUGUGUCGCCCCCGUUUUUAUCGGGAACCAUCCAGUGCUCCAGCCUCUUGUGCUCCAUGUGCUCCCUUGCUCAUAAAUUCAGGGUUUGUACAUCUUCUGUAUUGUAUGUUAGUAAGUGCUGCCAAAGAAAGAAGCCUAGAGGCCCUCAGAUGCACAUACACGUGUGUGUGAGUGUGU